UAUGAAUGAAUAAAGAGGAAAGGAACGUAAAGUAGCAUUCAAGCACACUUCCCGAGAGGCUAAUGCAUCAACACUGUACAGGAUUCCCUCCUUUCUUCUUCUGCUUCUUCUUCUACCUUAUUUUCUCAUCAUUUCUGUAAUGGUCCCUUUGCUUAAAAAGUUGAACUGAAUGCUCUGUUUUCAUUGAAUGGUUUCCAUUUCAUUGUCCAAUCGAUUCAGGUUACCUUUUUAUUGGGCUUAAAGAUUACUAUUUUGUUCGCUUUUCACUCUCUCCUCUGUUUUAGAGCUUUUCUUCAGCUUCACUUGGGUUUCGUUUCUUCGACUGAAGAGGUCUGAUUUACGAGUGUUUCUUUUUCUUUUUGCAGUUUUUUACAUGAGUGUGAACCCCUUUUAUCCAUUUUAUCUGUUUUGAUGAAAAAAGGGUUUUGGGUUUGGUGUUAGGGUUUUAGUGUUUUUGGGGGGAAAAUCAGUGUUAAUGGUGGAAAUGUUCAAUUCAGGGAAGUGGGUGGUUUGAUUUGAUUGUCUUUUUUUCUUUGUUUAAAUGGGUGCGGCAAGCUCAAAAUCUGAGAGGAGUGAAGCUCUGAGAUUGUGUAAAGAAAGGAAAAGAUUUAUAAAACAAGCAGUCGAUUCUAGGUAUGCACUAGCAGCUGCUCAUGUUUCGUAUGUUGAAUCUUUGAGAAAUAUAGGCAUUGCUCUUAGGAGAUAUGCGGAGGCUGAAGUGUUGAUAGAAUCAUCUCUAUCAACUUCAGCUACUGAGCUUGAUAAAACUCCGUCACAUUCGUCGUAUCCAUCACCUUCACCAUCUCACGUUGGUGGGGUUUCAGAUUCUCCUGUUCUAAAUGGAAGUCCCCUUUCACCUCCUAUUGCUACUAGGUUGAGUUACAUGCGGUCUGCUGGACCUACUGCUGUCACUGUUAAGGUGAGUCCACCUUCAACCAAUAUGUAUGUAGAUGAUGUUGAUUUCUUAACCCCAUUACCCCCACCCCCACCGCCAGAUUCAGGGUCUUGGGAUUUUUUUGACCCUACAGAUAAUGAGAGCUUUAGGUUUGUUACACAUAAUGGUAGGCAACUGAACUUUGAUGAACUUGGUGAAAAAGAUAAUGAGGGUGACAAUGGGAUUCAAGAAGAGUUCUUGACACCUAAAUCUGAACCUAGAAGCAAUAAUGGUCAUGGUAAAUUGGAAUUUCAUGAUUCUAGUUCAGUUAUGCCUAAGAGGGCUGAGAAUAAUAGUCAGCAAGUAGCUGGUGGUGAGGGUAAUAACGUGAGCAGUGAGCCGAAAGCAAAUGGUUCAGUUGGGACUACGAUUGGGAAAUCUGCCUUGCAAGUAUCUGGUUCAAAGGGAGACAAGCCUUUAGUGGAUGAAAGAGAGGAUCCUUCAGAGUUCAUAACUCAUAGAGCCAAAGAUUUUCUUUCUAGCAUAAAGGACAUUGAACAUCGAUUCUUUAGAGCAUCUGAAUCCGGAAAAGAGAUUUCAAGAAUGCUCGAAGCUAGCAAAAUCAGAGUUGGGUUUUCUGAGGCCAAAGGAAAAUCUUCGGUGUCCGCCUAUUUGUCUUCUAUGGGCUCAGGUUGCUGCAGAAGAGUGGGUGAGAACAUGGCUGGUGAAGCAGACCAUGUAACAAAGGUGAUUAUCUGGAAGAGGACCACAUCCUCUAGAUCAUCUUCAUCAAGGAAUCCUCUUAAUAGCAAGGAUGACAAUGAUGAUAGUGGAAGUGAUUUUGUCGAAGAUUUUUGUAUGAUAGCUGGAAGCCACUCAUCCACCCUUGACAGAGUAUAUGCAUGGGAGAGGAAACUCUAUGAUGAAGUGAAGACGAUUGAGUCAAUCAGGAGAGAUUAUGAUCGGAAGUGUAACCAACUUAGGCAUCAAUUUGCCAAAGAUGUUAGUGCCCAAAUAAUUGACAAAACACGGUCAGUGGUGAAGGAUCUCCAUUCACGCAUCAGGGUGGCUCUAUAUUCAGUUGAUUCAAUAUCAAAGCGGAUAGAGAAAAUGAGGGAUGAAGAGUUGUUGCCUCAAAUUUUGGAACUUAUCCAAGGAUUGAUCAGAAUGUGGAGAGCGAUGCUUGAAUGCCAUCAUGCUCAGUAUAUAACCAUUUCUCUAGCAUACCAUGCCAAAGCUUCGGCUUCUAGUCCCCAGGGUGAUGCUCAAAAGCUGAUUAUGAGUCGGCUGCAGGAUGAAGUAGAGUGCUUUGGCUUGAGUUUUGCCAACUGGAUUAACAGCCAUACUUCAUAUGUGGAAGCUCUUAACAGCUGGCUGCAAAACUGCAUCCUGCAACCACGUGAGCGAACCAAAGGCAGAAGAGCAUUUUCCCCUCGACGAGUUUUAGCCCCACCAAUAUUUGUGCUUUGUCGUGACUGGUCCACUGGGAUUAAAUCUCUGCCUUCUGAAGAGCUUAGUGAUGCCAUCAAGGAAUUCUUGUAUGACCUGCGGCAUUCAGUUGGACACCACUCCGAGGAACUGCAAAAGAAAGAAACUACUCCUGAACCAGGGAAUGAGGAAUUGGAAGUGAAAGAUGAAGAGAAGAACGAUGAUAAGUCAUCAAAUUUGAAUUGCAUUCACUCGAGUUUAACAAAGGUUCUGGACCGUCUGACCAAGUUCUCGGAGGCUUCUUUAAAGAUGUGUGAAGAUAUCAGGCAGAAAUGCGAUACAGCUCGAAAUGCAUAUCUGAACUAUCGACCAGCACCAAGAUCCUUUAGUAUAUGAUUGCAUUAUGAAAAUAUGUUAUUGUAAAUCAAAAGUGGCUAAGAAGAUUAUGCCUUCUCUUUUUGGUGGAAAAUAGGUUACUAAUUUAACUGAAAAAGUAGACUGUUCAGUCAGUUUAAUGAUUAAAUAUCCAUUCUACUUGCGAGUUGCAUCA